AUGCCAUCGGGGAUGAUAUUGCUCACUCACUUAGCUAUGUCCAUGGCUAGACUGAGGGUGGUCUCUGCGAUGUAUCAUAUUCAUGGUGUCGAAGAGCGAAGGGAUUAUGCAAGUAAGUUAUGUGAGUUUUUGAUCAUAUUCACACCUUUGAUGCGCAGCUCCUUCCAUUGCUCCUCGAACACGGAUGCUAUUACGACGAGGUCAGGUCAAGAUGUCGCAGAACAAGUUUCGAGCUUACUUCCAUUGGAGAGAACGAUAUCGUGGCCACAUGAAAACCAAAUGAGUCACGGAUCCAGUCCAUGUGUCUAUAUACAGCUGUCCAAGAUACAUGAGCUCCUUAUCAUGCUCUCCUCAUGA